GUUUUAUAUCGUAGAUUAAAAAUGGAUUUAUCAUCUAUCUAGAAUUUAGCUGUACUUACUUUUAGUUUCAAAUGUCAGUUUGCUUUAGUUCUCCAUAUUGUAAUUUUGCUGUUUCCGGUUAAUUUCCUUUGUAACUUGAGGUCUAUCCGAUGUGCUCACUGAAUAAUCGACACCACUCCCCUCGCUUUCUAAGCUUAGUUUGUACGUCAGAUUCCACAUAUUAGUAUUCAAGUGGUUGUUUAUCCUCAAAUCAAUACUAGUCAGCUGAUCAAUUUAAUUAUUACAAUUUACUCACUGACAUGGCAGAACUUAGUUACUGUAUGAUGAGGUCAGCAAAUCAGGCAAGAGAAUCUGAAGAACAACGGUCCACAGCUAGAAAGAAAAAUUUGUUGAUAUUAGUAAUGCAUUAUUUAAGUGAAGAAGGGUAUGUUGAAUCAGCGAUGUCUCUCUCCAAGGAAACAAAUUUAGAUUUUAAAAAGUAUGAAGUGUGCGAUAAUGUGGAUUUAGAAACAGUUUUGUUAGAAUAUGAAAGUUAUUACUACAUAAAAUUCCAGAAAUAUCCUAGAAUUACCAAAAGAUUAUCAGACAAGCUCUUGCAGUGUGAAAAAAAGCGACACGGAGGAAGUUCAAUAAAAACAAAACGAUCCUCACUUCCUCGACUUUUAAACCGAGGAAAUUCUAUCCAUGACUUUGAACAGAACCAUUCAUCAAACAUUUUGAAUUCUGAAGAAAAUUCUAGUGUAACCAAGAAUAGAGCUUGUAAUGGACUAGCUGUACAAGGAAGACAAGACCCCCUCGUACAAACUUCAGGGCGCAUAGUAAAGAGUGGCAUUUCACCAAAUGUUCCAAACGGUUCUUCAGUCACAUCUUUGAACCAUCUGGACCCAACUCAGAACUCCUUUUUAUCUUCUUCAACAAGACAGAAUUUUCCGCGUCAAAUUACUGACUACAGAGCGAUUAUUAACCAAGAAACCCGUUUGCCGUUAGAAGAAAACCAACUUUCAGAAGAUCCCCAAGAACGUUUAUUGAAGCCGCUAGGUAGUUAUUUAGGCUACACAGGUGAAUGGAGAAGUUUGGCUCUAACAAUAUCACGUGAUAUAUUCCUUCAAAAUCCAAAUGUUCGAUGGGAUGAUAUAAUCGGUCUAAGCUCUGCUAAACGUCUUGUAAAAGAAGCAGUUGUUUACCCAAUAAAGUACCCUCAAUUGUUUGCAGGAAUAUUAUCACCCUGGAAGGGAUUGCUACUAUAUGGACCUCCAGGAACAGGAAAGACUCUUCUCGCUAAAGCUGUUGCUACUGAAUGCAAAACAACAUUUUUUAAUAUUUCUGCAUCGACUAUUGUUAGUAAAUGGAGAGGUGAUUCAGAGAAAUUAGUUCGUGUACUUUUUGAAUUGGCUAGAUUUCAUGCUCCUUCAACCAUAUUCUUAGAUGAGUUAGACUCUUUAAUGUCACAAAGAGGUUCACUAUCUGGAUAUGGUUCUUCCGGUGGAGGAAAUUCAAAUAUAUCAGUUGGAAAUGAACAUGAAGGAUCACGUAGAAUGAAAACUGAAUUGCUAAUGCAAAUGGAUGGUCUAGCAAAAUCUGAUGAUCUUGUCUUUUUGCUGGCUGCUUCCAAUCUGCCAUGGGAAUUAGAUCAUGCAAUGCUUCGUCGGUUAGAAAAACGGAUUCUAGUGGACUUACCAAAUAAAGAGGCAAGAAUACAUAUGUUUGAAUCAUUUCUUCCACCAGUUAUUGGACAAGGUACAUCAGGUGGAUUACAAUUAAAAUGUUAUUUAGAUUAUGAUGUAGCUGCGGAAUUAACUGAAGGUUACUCUGGCUCAGAUAUACGUCUAGUGUGUAAAGAAGCAGCUAUGCGUGUUGUUAGAAAAAUAUUUGAUAUUUUAGAAAAUUCUUCUAUUGAAUAUUUACCUCAAACACAAAUUCAUUUUGAUCCAAUUACUACAGAUGAUGUUAAAGCGGCUAUAUCGUCUACAAUGCCAUCAGCUAGACAAUUAGCAGGAAAAUAUUUAGAAUGGCAACAACAAUUUGGUUCUUCUUAAUCUCACAAAAAGAAAGAAAAACAGACUAACAAACACACAACUUAAAUGCUAAAAAUCUCAAAUCAAUCAUUGUCUUUACUCUAUUUUAUUUUUGUUUCUUUCAUUGACCUCAUUUCAUAUUUUUACACACAAAUUGACCUUCAUUUUAGGUUAUUUUAAACAAUAAAAAACAAAUGAAACAAUAAAAGCCCAUAUAUGCAUUAGGAACUAUUUGAACAGUUCAAUAUUCAAUUGUAUUCAUGUAUAGGAUAUGAAUGGUAUUUUUAGUUGAUUUAAUUUAUUAUUUCCAUGUUUGUUAGUGAUUGACUUCAAGUGAAAGUCAGUAAUUGUAUAUCUUGAAAUCAUUAGUGAUCAUACUAGCCGCCGUUUCUUGUCAAGGUGGAGAAUGUCGUUAACAUGUAUUACUUAUUGAGAGCCAUUAAACUUUAUGUUUGUUCAUAAACUCACAAGUUGAUUUUCUGUUUUUGUUUCACAUCUUAAACAUCACAUCAACUUUACUUGACUGUUUUUGAUCUAAUGUUAACUAUCUAAGGAUAUUUACUAUAGAACCGACUGCAGGAAAUAACGAUUUCGUCGACUGAAUUUUCGGGAAUCGAUCUUCUUCCAGGUGAUCGACUUAUCGACAUAGAAUACUCGGAUGACAUAGUUUUGUUUGGUGAAAACGCCAAUAAAAUGCAGAGCCUUUUGGUAACACUGAGCAGCAAUGAUAGGAUGUUUGGAAUGCAAAUUGUCACAUCUGGAUUGACCUGCUGCAAUAGCUGUACUAAGGAAAGAGAGUGAAGUAGUCGAACACGUCGACAAAUUCACUUAUGAUGGGAGACUGAUCAGCCCAAAAGUGUUGGUGUCUGACGAAAUCUCAGCACGCAUUGAGAAGGCUCGUUUGGCUUUUGCCAACCUACGUCACCUAUGGUGAAGGCGAGAUAACCGUCUAUUGAUUAGGGGACGAGCAUACUACUUGACAGUUCGUCCUGUUCUACUUUACGGCUGAGAAACGUGGCUAUUAAGUGUAGAAGAUACUCGUAAGUUACUAGUAAUUGAUCACAGAUGCCUUAGAAAUAUUGCUCGUAUCUUCUGGGUCCACUGGGCAAGUAAUAGUGAGGUUAGACGCAUGGUCUUAGAGAAUGAUGGUAAAUCAGUUGAUGGGGUUUUGGUCCACUUGUUGUGUGAGCUACUUAAAUCCACGUAAGCAGUAUAUAAAGAUAGUGAAGAAGGGAAUGUAUUUCUGUAGAAGUUUUAGACGGGAAGAACGAGAACGGAAAGCAAUUGGUAUGAAAAUGCACGGACAAUGAAAUCUGAGACUGGAUUGAUAUUUACAAAAAAGAUAGUCACGUUUGAGUCAAUGGGUUGAUAUUUUGCAAAUUAACUAUAUACUGUAUGGUUCUCAGAUUUUAGUCAGAUAUUCUGUAACUUCGUAAUCAAAUACAUUCAAUUGCCUCACUUGUCUACUUGUUCAUUACAUUUUGUGUCGCUGCCAACCGGUAGGACUACUUGGAAACAGUCCAAUAUUCAAUUGUAUUCAUGUAUAGGAC